AGGUUCUUUUCUCAUUUCCUCUUUCUUUCUCUUUCACGUGCAAUAUCCAGCAGAAACCUCUUCAGCAGAUCAUCUGCAAUAUUCACCAUCACCCCUCACAGCCAGUCAUUCCCCAGUGGCACUACUGGCUGAAUAUGGCUAGGAACUUAUUAUCCCUUCUAAUCUCAUGAGCACUUGCUUCACCCAUCAAGUGACAAGAUAUCCUGCCAACUACCCCCGCUUUUCCACUAUUUAUGAGUAGUCUUCAUCCCAUUCCAUUUGAUUUAUAGCCUUUGUCACUCUUCUUUUUUUUUUCAGAAACACACCUUUUAGCACACAUCACCUCAUCCCACAGUCCCAUCAGCAUCAUCAAUCAUCCCCCUGGUUACCUGAUUUGCUCUGCCUCUAUCAUCCAUCAUCUCCACCACCACAUCGUCACCUUCGCCUUGCAUGUCUUGAAUAUACACUGCCCGCGAGCCAACCCAGCACAGCCAGCUCUCAAUCUACGCCUGCUCCAUCACCAUCCGCCUUAUCCUUGACCACCCUGUCUCACUUACUCCUCUCGCCUCUCCCUCCCCAUUCCGACACCAGAUUGGACGAACGGACCUUCUGCCACAGAUCAACCCACCAGCCCACACCCUCCUGAACAAUGGAACCCGCCUGAUCGAGAAGCCCGAUCGGCCAGCCCCGCUAGAACCGGCAAUAUGGAAAGGAGUCGUAGCCCCUUAGGCGAUCGCAUUGGUCCAGCUAACGGCUCUCAAACUACUGAUCGUGGACGUUCAUCAGAUGUCGUUAAUCCUGGGAACAACUUGCACGUCUCUGGUAUCAGUCUUAAGGCAGACGAUCGUGAUCUGGAAGAGUUGUUCUCCAAGUAUGGUACAGUGACCAAGUCUCAACUGAUGCGUGACCCGCAUACUCGAGAGAUCCGAGGCUUUGGAUUUGUGACGAUGGAGACGAGUGACCAGGCAGAAUUAGCGAUCAGCUCCUUGAACGGAACCGAAUUUCUGGGCAAGACCCUUAGUGUUGAAAAAGCCCGGCGGUCCCGAGGCAGAACGCCGACUCCCGGUCAAUACCGAGGUCCGGUCAAGCGCGAUGAUCCUCAUCGGCCCUAUGAGCCCCGUGGAGGAUACUGCUAUCGCUAUGAUCCCUACGACCGGCGAUACGAUGACCGGCUCAGGAGGGAUUACGAUGACACUCGAUACCCCGUCCGUCGGGAGUACGAUGACCGUCGGUACCGGUACGACGACCGCGUCCCAAGCUAUGACCGGUACGGCUAUGCGGCCCCGAUGAGAGACCGCUACGACGACCGAUACGAUCGUCGCCGAGACGAGCGCGAUUACGACCGUCGUCGUUACUGAGCCCUCUUUCCUUGAUCUACUGUUACUCCUGUAUCAGCUUGUACAUCCCUUUCGAGCUCAUCCAACUCCUUUUGCUUUCUAUCGGUUUAUCUCCUUUUUUUUCUAUAUGUCGUUGAUUAUUCCCGCUGUUUUUCUUCUUUGUCUUGUAAAUCCCCCUCCUCUCUGAACUGAGGUAAUAGAUGCAUACAUGCUUAUUUACGUAGAGGCUGAAUUUUUUGAAAUACUAGAAUCUCUCUUUUGGUUUGUUUAAUUCAUCUUGAGUUGUUAGAAUGUGUUAGUGUGUGUGCAUGUGUGGUCACAUCUCUUGUGGGUAAGGUGAAGCUCAAGACUGUGCUAC